AUGAUUCCUCAUGUAAUAUUCAAAGAGCAGGGUGUUGGGAUAGAAACCACCAUACCCUAUUUCUUAUAUCAAGAGAUUGACAUUUCCUUUCUGUCACAUUCGGCUAAGCCAAAGAAUGGAGAAGUGUUUCAGAAGCUGAAUAGUGCUCCUAAAAAAGUUACAGUUGUUACAUCUACAACGAAUUCUAAGCCGAUGAAAGGCAUUUCAAUUGCACAAUUGAAAGCUAUGCAGCAAAAAAAACAAGAGGAAUCCAAACGGCUUGAAGAAAUAAAGGUUCAGGUCAAAGAGGCGGCAGUAAAACGAAAGGCAGUUGAAGAAAGAAAAAGAGUCGAAGAAGAAAAAGUUAAAGUAAUGGCUGAAGAGAAUAAUAAGACUACCAAAAUGACUAGUAAUUUUAAUAGGCUAGGUUUAUUUUCAAAGCAGGAUAAGAAGACUGGUGUUAUCCGAGAAAAAGACGCGACUAAUAAUCAAUUAAAAGAAACCGAAUUCAAAAGUCCAAUUUGCUGUAUUUUGGGACAUGUCGAUACUGGAAAGACUAAGCUAUUGGAUAAAUUAAGAGAGUCUGAUGUCCAAGGAUCUGAAGCAGGUGGUAUAACACAGCAGAUAGGAGCAACAUUUUUCCCAACUAAUGUUCUUUCGAGCAAGUGUGGUGUUGCUAUUUCAGACUUGCCUGGGAUUUUGAUUAUUGAUACACCUGGCCAUGAAUCGUUUAGCAAUCUUCGUUCAAGAGGAUCGUCUCUAUGUGAUUUAGCUAUUUUAGUUGUUGACAUUGUUCAUGGAUUAGAACCACAAACCAUUGAAAGUAUUCAACUCCUAAAGCAAAAGAGAACACCAUUUAUUGUUGCCCUCAACAAAAUCGAUAGAAUUUACAAUUGGAAAUCAGUGUCUUAUAGAAAAUUUUCGGAGUGUUUAGUUGCUCAGAAAGAUGAGUCAAAGCGUGAGUUUGAGAAGUUACUUCAUGGAACUAUUAACGAUAAUGGAAUUUUAAAAGAAAAUGACAAGAUUGCAGUCUCAGGAUUUGAAGGUCCAAUUGUUACAACAAUUAGAACCCUUUUGGUCCCUCAACCUCUUAAAGAGCUCAGAGUGAAAUCACUGUACCAAAGUGUCAGGAAGGUUCGAGCAUCUAUGGGUAUAAAGAUUGUUGCAAAUAGUCUUGAGAAUGCACUUGCAGGCUCAAAGCUAUAUGUGAUUAAUGAAGAGCUGCCUGAGAGCAAAGCAAUGGAGCUUUUAGAAGAAGAUAUAUCAUCGAUUAUGUCACAUGUGGAAACUGUAGAAGAAGGUGUUCAUGUUGCCGCAUCUACACUUGGAGCUAUGGAGGCGCUCUUGUCAUUUUUGAAAAAAGAGAAGAUAUCUGUGGCAUCAGUUUCAUUAGGGAGAAUUAAGAAAAAGGAUAUUUUGAAAUGUUCUGCGAUGUCAAACAAAUUCAAUCGUAUUGUUCUGAGCUUCGACGUUCCCAUCGAUAAAGAGCUUCAGGAAUUAGCCGAUUCUCUCUCAACAAAAGUAUUCGUAGCCCCAAUUAUCUACCACCUAUUAGAUUUUCAUAAGAAGUUUGUUCAUACUUUAUCCGAGUCUGAUAAAUUACAAAAUGCGGCUGAGGCUAUAUUUCCAGUCAAAUUCCGUAUUCUUCCGAAUUGUGUUUUUAUGUCAAGAAGUCCAUUGGUUUUAGGUGUGGAAAUUGAAAAGGGAACAUUAAAGAUAAAUACACCAGUUUGUGUAUUCAAAAGCAAGGAAGUUGUUCGGCUAGGAGUUGUUACAUCCAUUGAAGAAAAAAAGAAGCCAGUCCAGCAAGCAGGUAGGGGAAAGCAAGUUGCUAUAAAAAUAGAAAUUGGCAAAAAUGAUGCGCCUAGAUGCCUAGAUAGACAUUUUUCAGUUGAUGACAUGAUAUACUCUGUUUUGACCAGGAGGUCUAUUGAUCUACUGAAGUUAUACUUUAUGGAUGAACUUCAAGAUGAUCAUGCGGAGCUUAUUGUUUUCUUAAAGAAGAAGUUUGAUAUUAUAUAA